AUAAUUUAUUUUAUUACAAAUAAUUAUAAUAAUAUAUUAUACAUAUAAAUAUAUAAUUCAUCAUAUACUCUUUUAUUUAUUAAUUAAUUAAUUAAUUUUAUUCAUAUAUUUGCUUCCAAAAAUGAAUGAUAGUUUGUCCUCUUUGCCAAUGGAUUUAAAAAUAUUAAAUUCAUUAUUAAAUGAAGUUUUUUCAAAUCCAAGAACAACUGAUCCAACAAAAGAAGUUUUGGAGUAUUCCUUGGUUUCAAAAUCAUGGUAUAACUAUACCAUUAAUUAUUUAAAAAACAGGGAAAUUAAUAAUUUUUCAAAUUCAACAUAGAUCCUCUAAAGUGCCAUUUCAAAUGUACAAACCUCAAGAUCUUAAUCAAAUAGUUGUAUUACAAUAAAAAAAAAAAAAAAAAAAUUUAAAUACCCU